AUGCCUCGACAACUCCCAUGGAAGGUCGGCGCUGGCGCGGCAAAGCAGACGCCGUCUCGUCUCAAAGCCGCAGCGAGCCCUGCGCCAUCAGCCAGCCGCAGUCCUGCACCUCACCGCCCCACCCCGACGCGCAAGACAGAGCCGACACCAGAUAGCCGCAGGCUUAUGAUCGAAGGGAUCGAUCACGAUGACCAGUACCGCAUGGUUGAGGAUGAGUUCCGGGCCGUGGCGGGGGAUUUCACACGGCACCUGCACGCCGCCGAGUACCAGCGACUCAAGGGGCUGGCUAAGUCGCGGAAUUCGGAAACCAUCGAGACCAUAUCACGGCCCGUCACGGGGGAGAUGACAGAUCUGGUUAAACGGCGCCAUGUCGCUCUCGACGCAGCCCCUAAGCAGCGUCAGGCCGUCGCUAAGACCCUGGGUAAGCGGGCUAGCAGGGACGGCUCAGACGAGGAAGCGUCGUCCCGGCGGCCGGCUACAUCGUCAUUGCAGGGGCUGAUGGACAGCCCGAGGAAGCCUACUGCGCUGUUAACCUCGCUACCCGGCUCGCGGCCAAGCUCAAGCAACCGGGGUGCGGCAGCUGGCAGUCCGUCUCGGCGUCGUCCGAGUGGACAAGAGGCGCGGAUGGUGGUGCGGAACAACAGCAUGGAUCUGUCCCACCGGGCAAGUGUAGUACCGCCCACAAGGCCAUCCACAAGGGUUAAACAAGAAACUACGUCGGGCUCCGAUGAAGACGAUGAUGACCUCGACGGCCUACCUUCCUGGCCUCGCAAACAUGCUAGCAGUUUGCCGCGUGUGGAAAAGGCCGAGAGACCCCCGGUUCAACGCGCACCGGCCUCAGAACCGCCCGCAAAGACAAUAGCUGAGGCUGACGACGUGAGCAAUCCCUUUCUAAAGGCUGGCACCGCACGGCUCCAGACCCCAGCACAGGAAACGUUUGCAAGGCAGCAGGUUGCCGAACUUGCCGCUCUAAAGGAUGAAGACGAGGACGACGAUUUCUUCGCCAGGUUGCGGGCCAGAAGGGCAGAGCAACGACGGCGGCGCGAAACGAAAGCCCAGGGCAGCAACAACAAAAACUCAGAGGCCAACGCAGCAUCGAUCAACUCGAUUCCCUUCAUGUAA